AUGGCAACAGCAUCAACUUCCUUCCUUACUUCUUCUCCAAUUCUUCCUUCACUAUUCUCACCAAAAACAAAGUCAUCGUCAAGAGCUUCAAGAACAAAGACGUUGGCAAUGAAAAGAGAAGCACGUGAUCAAAACUACUAUAACUGUCGUGUUGUAAAUGAGAACAUGAUCGUCCUUCGAAAGAGAAUUCAUGAGAUGAAGAUGAUCGAGAGGAAUUACGAGCCUUCAGCUGAAUGGACGAAUUGGGAGAAGAGUCUUUACGCGAAUUAUGACUCGAAUAUUUGUGAAGCCAUGGGAUUCUUGCAGUCCGAGUUGAUGGAUACAAGACCAAGUUUGGCUUUGGGCAUGGUUGCACUCAUUGCAUUGAGUGUGCCCACUUCAACUGCUGUGGUUUUGUUUCAUUUGGUAGAGUUGGCUAAGGAGGUUUUGGCUGGAUUGCAUAUUUCUUAG